UUUUUUUUUUAAUGGACGUGUGAAAGCAAGCACAUUACAGUGGAUUUCACAGAGGAGAGGAAAAACAAGAACUUCUGAGAAUUUCCUGUUAUUCUAACAAACGUGUUCAACAGGCCUAAGUGCAUGAAGAUUUUUGAGGCCAAUGAUGGAGGGCUGGCCAACAGUGGCCUGGGUCCUGCUAAUGACUAACAUCGCUGAUUGGCUGAUAACCGUCCAGUCACGGGACUUCACCAUGAAGGACAUCAUCCUGCUGCAUCCCUCAACUACACCUCAUCCUGGUGGCUUCAAGUGCUUCACAUGUCAAGACGCUGCAGAUAACUAUGAGUGUAACCGCUGGGCACCAGACAUGUACUGUCCGAAAGAUACCAGGUACUGUUACACACUCCACAUGAUGAAUAGAAAUGGGGACAGUGUGUCUGUGACCAAGCGUUGUGCGACCCUGGAGGACUGUCGGUUCCCUGGCUGUGCUGAUGUCACUGAUAAUGGCUUCAGGGCGUGCUCAUCCUGCUGUGGGGGGAACAUCUGUAACGUGAUGGUGCCGAGGAAUGAGAGCAGCGCCGUUUUCUCCUCCACUUCUCCUCCGCUCAGCUCGAGCAGGAGGCUUCAUCCUGUAACGCUGAGCUCCAUCAUCAUCAGCAGCAUCUUCACAGCUGGAAAUGUUUGAAAGAGAUUCUCUGUAUUUGUGGGACAUCAUCAAACACAAUUUGAAAAAGGACGCGUGUAAAGGUGAAGAAAAAUUUUUAGUUCUUCAUCUCGUGAUAUUGUUUAAAAAACCUUGUACACGUGGCAUCAGACCUGGGAUUUGUGUUUAUUGUAUCGUGCUCAGACUGAUUAAAUUAACUGCUUCAGGACGUUUCAGAAACUGUCCAGAAAGUUCUGAGUCACAGAAAUGCAAUAAACUGUUAUAAUUUGAGGUUUAAAAAUAAAAACUGAAAACCUGUGUCCAGACUCACUACUGCAUCAUAUUCCAUUCAAUAUUGCUUUCCUUCACCGUCAGGCAAUUUUACAAUUUGUGUAAGCUUUUUUAUUAAUUUAUUUUUUUUCAGUGUUUAAGU